AUACUUGGCAUUUGGCUAAAUAUAUAUGAAGGCUCAAAUGCUCAUCAAGGCAUAUACAAAUUUCUCCAAGUGCGUGAUUUAGUUUCUUUCACAUCGAUCCUAAAACUCGCUCUCUCCUCACGUACUUCCUCCCAUCUCGUUUGAUUCGAUUAUGAUAAGUACGUGCUUCCAUGUAAUUCAUGAUGUGACUGAUGUCUUCUCUUUCUGAGAUUGAAGGAUUCUGGUGAGAAGAAAUGUUGCAGCUUGGGCCCUUUGGAUCAGAAAACGGAGGGGAAGGGUUUGAUCAUGGAGCUUUCUCAACAGUCAGGCAGGUUGUGAUAUCUCAUACAUCAGGUUGCAUUCGUUCCAUCCAGUUCGAAUAUGAUGACAACGGGAGCUCACUUUGGUCGGAAAAGUACGGUAGUCCCUCUUAUGACGAAGACACCUAUAUUGAUACGAUCAAGCUUGAUUAUCCAGACGAAUAUUUGAUUUCAGUUUAUGGAAACUAUGUUAGUCUCUGGUGGUUCCCGACCUAUAUUUCCACCCUUACUUUUAAGAGCAACAAAAAAAGUUAUGGACCAUACGGAUUGGGAAUUGAAGGAAGCCUCGGAAAGUACGGAAAUUCUUUUGCAAUCGAAUCACCUGGGAAUAUGAUUGUGGGAUUUACUGGUAGGGCUUCCAGGACUACGGGUAUCCGUGCAAUAGGAGCAAACCUGAAAUCCCUUGAUCAGUAUUACCCUUCUAAGACAAGGCUCAGAAACAAACACGAUGAUGAUGAAGGUAACAGACAAAUAAUUGUAGCCGGUAACCAAGUUAUAGGAAACGAAGGCGACCAGAACGGGCGUUUCGCUGUUGGAAAUACAUAUAACAAGUACAAAGUUAGUCACUACUAUUAUUCAGAAAAGUUCAAUAAUGUCAUGUAGUUAUGUUAAAAUCGAUUAUUAUCAA